AUGGCUGGCCGCAGCGUCACCGUCCUUAACGUGGCGGAGAAGCCGUCGGUAGCGAAAGCGGUCGCCCAAAUACUUUCAAGGAACCCAGGCAUUCGAGGGAGAGACGGUCGUUCUCGUUACAACAAGAUCUUCGAGUUCGACUACACCAUUCGCGACCAGCCCUGUAAAAUGCUCUUCACCUCCGUCAUUGGCCAUCUCAUGGAGCUCGAAUUCGAUGCGCGUUACCGCAAAUGGCACUCUUGCGAUCCCGCCGAUCUCUUCCAGGCUCCUGUGCAUAAAUCGGUUCCCGAGGACAAAAAGGAUAUCAAGAGGACAUUGGAGGAAGAAGCUAGACGGUGUCAGUGGCUUGUUUUGUGGCUCGAUUGCGAUAGGGAAGGUGAGAAUAUUGCGUUUGAAGUUGUAGACGUAUGUACUGCAGUAAAUCCUCAUCUCACUAUCAAGAGGGCUCGAUUUUCUGCAUUGAUAGCCAGCGAAAUCUGUCAGGCCGUGCAAAAUCUUGUUGAGCCAAAUAAGUGGUUUGCUGAUGCUGUGGAUGCUAGGCAGGAAAUUGAUCUUCGUAUAGGCGCUUCAUUCACCAGAUUUCAGACCAUGUUAAUGAAAGAUGCUUUUAACAUAGAUACUGUUACAGAUGGCAGAAAUACUGUCUUGAGUUAUGGCCCUUGCCAGUUUCCUACGCUUGGAUUUGUUGUGGAAAGAUAUUGGGAGAUACAAGCACAUGAACCAGAAGAGUUUUGGCAAAUCAAUUGCUCUCACAGAUCAGAUGAAGGAACUGCUAAUUUUAGUUGGGGACGCGGGCAUUUGUUUGAUUAUACAUGUGCUGUCAUAAUAUAUGAGAUGUGCAUCGAAGAACCAACUGCAACGGUGACAAACGUUAGACAACAAGAGAAGCUUAAGUAUCCUCCCCAUCCUCUGAGUACUAUUGAGCUUGAGAAACGGGCUUCACGAUACUUUCGGAUGAGCUCUGAGCACACAAUGAAGGUGGCAGAAGAACUUUAUCAAGGUGGUUUCAUCAGUUAUCCUCGUACUGAAACUGAUAAUUUUUCUUCAAGGACUGAUUUGCAUGCAAUUGUGCAAGAACAACAAGGACAUCCUGAAUGGGGAAUAUACGCUCAACGGUUGUUAAACCCUGAGACUGGACUUUGGAGAAAUCCUAGAGGUGGUGGACACGACGACAAGGCCCAUCCACCGAUUCACCCGACUAAAUUUUCUGCUGGAGAAUCAGGAUGGAGCCAAAACCACCGUAAUAUAUAUGAGUUGGUUGUUCGCCACUAUCUGGCAUGUGUCUCAAAGCCGGCUGUAGGAGCUGAAACCACAGUGGAAAUUGAUAUUGCUGGUGAACUGUUUUCUGCAUGUGGGAGGGUAAUUCUAGAGAAAAACUACUUGGAUGUCUAUCGCUUUGAAUCAUGGGGUGGAUCAAUGAUUCCAACAUAUAUUAUUGACCAACAGUUCAUUCCAACAACAUUGACCCUUGAUCCAGGAAUAACCAGACCACCUCCUCUUCUUAGUGAAGCAGAUUUGCUGAGUUGUAUGGACAAGGAGGGCAUUGGUACGGAUGCUACAAUGCAUGAUCACAUCAAGAAGUUGCUUGAACGUUUUUAUGCAACUAAGGAUGCUAGCAUGCGGUUCACACCAACUAGUUUGGGUGAGGCACUUGUUAUGGGAUAUGAUGACAUGGGGUAUAAACUAUGGAAACCAUAUUUGAGAGCAGUUAUGGAACGCGACAUGAAAUUGGUCAGUGAAGGAAAUAAAAGCAAAGGUGAAGUCCUGGAUACUAGCUUGCAGCAGAUGAAAGCUUGUUUCUUAGAUGCAAGAUUAAAUAAAGUGAAACUUUUAGAGGCCAUGGCGAUAUUUUUUGAAAGAUCAAAUAGAGUUGGCAGUGAGCAUCAAAAUACAACCGAGGAAGUUGUUCGGCGGUGUGGACUUUGCCAAGAAUCAGAUAUGGUGCUAAAAAAAAACCGAGAUGGCAAAUUUAUGGUUGGAUGCUUGGGUUAUCCUCAGUGUAGAAGUGUUGUCUGGCUCCCUGGAUCAGUAUCAGAAGCGGUUGUGACCACCAAUACUUGCAACAAUUGCACUCCUGGUCCUGUUUUUUUAAUUCAAUUCAAGUUUCGGCAGCUGGAAAUACCACCAAGCUACAAUGUCAACCAUUUGGGUUGCAUUGGUGGCUGUGACGAGAUUCUUACACAGUUGACAGAAAUAUGUGGCACUGGCCCUCGCAUGCCAGCAAGAGCUCGAGGACCUGCUCCAGCAACCAACAACGCCCAUCCUACUCCAGCAACCAGCAACACCCAUCAUACCAACCCAAGGCAGUCAGCUUGUUUGCACUGUCAAGAAACAGGGCACUCUUCUAAUGAUUGUCCUUCACAGACUCGACGCUCCAGGAAUGCCCAACAUCCUGAAACGAACCAACAAAGUGGAGAAUCUCCUGUUUCAUGUAGCUCAUGUGGAGCACCAGGUGUUUUGCGAACUGCAAAUACAGCAAAUAACAGGGGCAGGAAGUUCUACACAUGUCAAUCACAGGAGUGCAGCUUCUUUGUAUGGGAGGAUAGCAUCAACAAUGGCACUGGAGGAAGAGGCUCUGCACGUUCAAAUAAUGUUCCAACAUCCACCCGUGGUCGAAAUGGUGGUCGUGGACCUCGUGGUAGGGGUCGGAGUGGAUCUAAUUCUUCUAGCGGGACAUUUGUAACAGCCACUGGGGAUCCUAUUUCUGGUAGAAGGUGCUUUACCUGUGGAGAUCCAUCCCAUUUUGCUAACGUCUGCCCCAAUCGUGGAGUCUGA